AUGAUGGCUUUCCAUGCGCUAGCAGCCUUACUUCUCACCUCGUUGGCACUCGCAGACACCGGACCAUUCUUCAGAUCCCCAUCUUACGAACAAGCAGCUCAUGGGAAAUGGCCUCAUCAAUCCUWCCACUCGUCCCACAUCCUAGGCCCCCUCCUUAACAUUCGUCAAUACGAUCCCAGCUGCGAUGAUGGUCGGUUUGUCCUUCUCAGCAUCAUCGGGUCGUCUGUGCCUGCUUCAGCACCUAUGAUUCUGGACAAUUAUGGCAAUUUGAUCUGGAGCAUGCCAUCGGGAGACAAUUGGGGUCUGGAUGUGCAAAUGUGGCACGGUGAGCCUCAUCUUACAUUCUGUGAUUGGCAGGGGUGGGGCACACGGGUGAUUUGCCAUAUGCUGGACUCCUCGUAUCAAGAAGUCUUCUCCAUCCACCCACAGAAUGGCUUGGGAGGAGAUGGGACAGAAUUCGCAAUCACAGAUGACAAUUCCGUGAUUCUGACAACCAACAAAUUGAUUCCCUAUGACCUCACACCUGUCAAUGGACAUCGGAAGGGAUUCAUGCGAGACGUGGGCUUCCAAGAACUCGAUCCAAUCUCUGGUGAAAUCCUCUUCUCCUGGAACUACGCAGAUCACUACAACAUCACGAGCUCCAUGGUUUGGCCCAAAGGAACCGAAGGAGCGGCCAACCACCCGUGGGAUCCAUUCCAUAUCAAUAGCGUGCAGAAAGAUAGCAGCACAGGUAACUAUCUCAUCUCCGCCCGACAUACGAGUUUGGUCGGACUCGUGUCCGGCCAGACGGGAGAUUUCAUCUGGAAACUCGGUGGGAAGGAGAACAUGUUCAACAAGAAUCUGUCGCCGAAUGACGAUGAUGGUUAUGAUGAUGCUGCUGCUAUGAUUGCAGCAACGAAUAUAAGUUUCCAGCACCACGCCCGUUUUCUCCAGCACCAUCAUCAUCAUCCUCAUCAUGAUCAUUCCAAGAACGUAACCAUCAUCACCCUCUUCGACAAUGGCGUAAUUCCUAAUUCCCCGAUCGCCCAUACCAACGGCAAAAUGAUAUCCCUUGACCUCGACUCCAUGACUGCUCGCGUUCUACACUCCUAUGCUUCUCCACACCGCAUCGGCAGUGAGUCCCGCGGUUCCAUGCAGAUGCUCCCGGACAAUGGACAUGUCUUACUUGGAUACGGCGUCAACCCCGGCUGGUCGGAAUUCUCCGCUGACACGGGUUCUCUCCUGUGCGAUGUGCAUUUCGGGCCGGAAUCUCGAUUCGGAGCCGAAGAGGAAGAUGUGUUGAGUUAUAGGGUGUUGAAGAAGGAGUGGGUCGGAAGACCCAAGACGAAGCCGAGUGCGGUGAGAGAGGGGAAUGAAGUUUUUAUGAGUUGGAAUGGGGCGACGGAGGUUGUUGGGUGGGGGUUGGUGAAAGAUGGGAAGAUGGUUGUGGAGGUGGAGAGGGAGGGGUUUGAAACACGGAUAUCCGUCCCUGAGGAUUGGACGGUGCGGGAUUUGGAGGGUGUUCAUGUUGUGGGCUUAGAUGCGUAUGGGCAUGUGCUUGGUAGGAGUACAGAACUGGAGCUGGAGGUGAUGKCAUCUGGAGAGCGUUGGAUGGCUGCGGUUUUGCACUAUAGCUUUGCCCUCGUGCUGACUGCGAUCGGGCUGCCGAUGAAUUUACGCGCGGUGUUAUACGAGCGUUUAGCAAUAUAG